UCUCCUCAGACUUUGUGGUAUGUUGAGGAGACAAAUGUUUAUGGUGUGCAAGUGGAAGAACGCCACAGUCAGUCUCCAGUCCACACCCGUCCUUCCUCGGCUAUGAAACUGCCCAGACUUCAGACUCAGAAGUCUGACAAGCCAGAGACUCGUAAAUAUGAUUCACCAGUCUCUGGCAACAUUGAGAGGCAGUGCAAGAAAGACAGCGAGGAAGACGUUGACAAACUGCUUCGCGCAAGGACGUACAAUCCAUCCAUCGUAGUAGACGUCAAGGCUCAAGAAAGAAACCUUCAACAGCUGGAUCGUUCUUUCGAAAAUAGCAACAUCUCCUCUGAAAUGUACAACCUGUGCAGGGGAACUGUCAAUCAGACCCUUCAGAGUGUUGAGCUGCGCCUUGGAUGUCUCUUACGAAGAUACAUCAGACACGUCCAAAUGAAGCAAUUAAGGAAGACGCUCGAUGAAAAUUUCAAAGAGACCAGAAAUUUAAAGGAUGGACUGGAGUUUAAAAAGGUUCAUUCGCAGCUCUGCAAAUUCGACCGCUUUCAGCAGAGCGUCAAAACCAUCUGGGAUGUCGAGCAAGCUUCUGCUGACGAGACGCGCAGGCUGUGCAUCGCACGAACGGCCCAUUUAUUCCAACAGGUGAAUGCGAUGCAUGGCCUACAUCUGACAGGCAUAGCAAGCAUGCAGAAGCAUGUAUCACUGCCUCUGCUCACGGUGACACCGGUGCGGUUCAGCUGUCCGUCUCCUCCUCAAAAACCGCAAACCGCACCCAGCAGAGCCAGUACAGCGCGUCAUCUUCAAAUCCACCCAAAGCUCUGCACGGCAUAAAGGCGACCAGGAACGUACCAGGCAGUUCCCUAAAGAUCAGUCGCGCUCAGUGUUUAUGGCCAGUGUAAACAAAUGGGUAAGAUAAUGCCUGUAAAUCAGGGGUGCCCAACCCUGUUCCUGGAGAUCGACCUUCCCGCAGAGUUCAUC